GCAUAAGGGUGCACCUGACUUAGGAAACAGAAGUAUAUAAGAUCUACAGUCCAGGACUACGUAUAACUGUUCCCUUAUUAGCAGAUCUGAUCAAAGAGUAAGUAACUGAGUUCGUUCAACACUCAAAUAUACACGAUGUACAAGUUUGUUGUUUUCGCUUUGGCCAUUGCCAUGGCAUCGGCCAGUAUGGAGGCCAACUGGGUCAUCUUCAAAACCAAGCACAACAAAACCUACACAGGAAACGAUGACGUCAUCAGACGGUAUAUCUGGCAAUCAAACCUGAAGAAAAUCGAAGAACACAACGAGUUGUACGCUAAUGGUCUCAAGAGUUAUUACCUCAAGGAAAACAAGUACUCGGAUAUGACGAGCGAGGAGUUCAGGAGUUUGAUGAACGGUCUGAGAGUGAACAAAGAGCUCAACCCUGGUCAGUUCGUCGGUGGAAAGUUCAAGGCCAUUCUCCCAGCAGCCGUCGACUGGCGUAAACAAGGUUACGUCACCGAGGUCAAAGAUCAAGGUCAAUGUGGGUCAUGCUGGGCUUUCUCCACCACAGGCUCACUCGAAGGUCAACACUUCAAGGCCACUGGUCAGCUGGUCAGCUUAUCUGAAUCUAACCUAGUCGACUGCUCGAAAAAAUGGGGUAACAACGGCUGUCAAGGUGGGUUGAUGGACAAUGCUUUCAAAUACAUCAUGGACAACAAGGGCAUCGACACGGAGCAGAGUUAUCCGUACAAACCUGUGGACAGGAAGUGCGCCUUUAAAGCAGCUACAGUUGGAGCUACGGACAGGUCGUACACAGACGUUCAAAGCGGAAGUGAAGAUUCCCUCCAAGCUGCCGUUGCUACGAUCGGACCAAUCAGUGUUGCCAUAGACGCCAGCCAUGAUUCUUUCCAGCAAUACGGAGGUGGUGUGUAUGACGAGCAAGACUGUAGCUCUACCCAACUCGACCACGGAGUUUUGGCUGUUGGGUACGACACUGACAGCAGCGGCGGCGACUACUGGAUCGUUAAAAACAGCUGGGGCAAGACCUGGGGACAGGACGGCUAUAUCUGGAUGUCCAGAAACAAAAAGAACCAAUGUGGUAUUGCCACCAUGGCCAGCUACCCCGUCGUGUAAAAACAACCACACACUUCAUUUGUAAAUAAAUUCUUUUAAUUUU